UUGAUUUCUUCAAUUUUUUAAUAAUUCUAAUUGUUGUUACAAAGACAAUUGUGACAAUGGAAUUUGAUUUAUUCUCUUUGGUAAAACAACAAUACUUUCGGAGAGUAUUUCUUAACAUGUUUACAUUUCUUCACUUAUUGUUGACUUUUGACUAAUUGUGAUUGUUGUUGUUUGGUGAUUUCGGCCUACAAUUUAACAAUGAUUGUCAAAUUGAUUGGCAAUUUAGUGGUCACAUUAAGUAUAAGGUGGUUGAUUGAUUAAUGUUGAUUGUGAAUCUCUAUUACUUGAUCACCAGGAUUUAAUUGUGUCUUUGAAAAUAUUGUUUUAAUCCUUGAGAUUUAUAUGGUUACCGGUUGGACAUGAUGAUUGGUGUUAUUUCAUCACAAUAAAUUGGAUUAAAUUUUGACAAUUUUGCUUUUAAUUUGGUGUUUUCCAUCACUUCAACAAUUUAAUGGAUAAUAAUCCUGAAGACCAGCAAAAGGAUAAUGAUGAGGAUAAGGAUUCUCAACAUGAAAGAUUAAGACAAAGAUUAAUAUCUAAACGGCCUUCUGAUAAUCAUCAAUGUACCAUUUGUCUUAAUCCAAUUCGUGAUCUAUCAUUUGCCGAUUGUUGUUUACAUCCAUUCUGCCGUUCAUGUAUCAUUGAAUGGUCAAAAAGGUCAAACAAUUGUCCUGUUUGUCGAACCACUUUCAAUAACGUAUUGACCAAUAUUCAACCUGAUUCCAAUCAUGAUUCUAUUCCAAUUGAACCGCCACCAGAAAUGAAUGGACCUGUUCCCUUUAUCAAUAUUGUUCGAGACAUUAUGGUCUCUCCCGAUGGCCGAAGUACAGUGGUCAGAACACGGGUUAUCAACGAAGAAGGUACAACCGAAAUAACGGAAGUCAGAGGAACCGGAAGACAAUCACCAUUGGCCUCGAUUGGUCCCAACCCUUCAUCUACCAACGAAGGACUUAGUCGAUUUAUCGGUAAUCUAUCGGCGGCACCACGAGAACAACAACAGUCAGCAGUCGAAACCGAUGAAGUAGAUCGAUUCAUGGGAUUAUUAUUUCGGAGUUUAUUGUCUCCUGAACCUUUAUCUGCUGUUUCUUUCGCUGAGAACCCAGCGCAGGCUCGAAUAACCCGAAUGAAUAGCCCUGGAUCAGUUUCAUCAGUUCGAAUGGGCAAUCAACCUCGUCGUCCAGUACCCUUUCCAAACGUUCGUCCAUCAUUUCGUCCUCGAGGUCAGCAUCACGCGAAAACUCAUCCACCAAUGUUUCCACGAGUACCAAAAUCAGUUUCACCAGCGAUGAUUAACCGAUCAAAACAAACGCACAAAAUUAUACCUCAAGAAUCGUUGGCCACAGUGAAAACCCUUCCAGCCCAAUUAUCGACUCAACAUUCAACAUCACCAAAAAGUUCCCUAUUCUCAUUACCACCACCACAACAACACCAACCGAAAUCAAUGUCCAUCGGUUUAACCAAAUCCCGAUUCUCAAAAAGUCUUACCCAAGACCAAAGUCGAUCCAAUGAAGAAGAUCAACAACAAGGCCAAUACCAACAACGAUCCCGACGAAUCUUCGGAAAAAAUGUUCCCAAAUCGAAAGAUGAACAAUCUGAGAACAAAAAACCACCCAAACCCUCAUAAGAUUAAUUAUCAUUCAACUAAAUUAACCUCUCCUAAUAAUCAACCAAACAAACAAAUCCACCCACCAACCCCUACACAAAACCCACCAUCCUCUUAAAAUUCAAGCCCAAUCCUUAAUCAUCAUCAUCAUCAUCAUCACUAGUUGCAAUUAAUUUGUCACCAAUAGGAAACUAAUGCCAACCAUAGUUAACAAUUAACAAGUCAACAAUCAAGGAGAAGCAAAAAAAAACUAUCACAAUAUCAGAAUAAUGAUACAAUACCAGUGACUGAUUUUCUUGAAUGAGAAAACAAAAUCAGUAGUUUAAUAGUUUAAACAGAAUCAAGAAAGAAUGACAAUUAACAGUAACAACACCAUGAUGAUGAUAAUGAUAACUUUCCAAGUGAUAUGAUAUUUUUUCCACCUUCCCACUCACCCACCUUGAAGAAAAAAAAACACUCCACUUACUAUAAAUUGAGAAAAAAAGAGCAUUAAAUUGUUAUUUUCAUGGACUAAUGAUUCCUAUGUUAUAAUAAUUGUCACCCUGUUUGGAAGUGCUUUUGUUAUCCAGUCCAUGUUUGCAAUGAGUUUUCCAAAGACUUUUAUCUUCAUCUUCAUCAUCUCAAUCUACUCACAACAAUUGAGAGAGAGGGAGAGAGAGAGAGAGAUGUUUAUCUUGACGGAGAAAAAGAUGUCAACAAUUACAAGACAAUCUAAAUUGUUUACCACCAAGAGAAUGAGAAAAAGAAAAAUGUUUUUUAAUUGUUGCCGUUGUUCUGGUAAAAUGAUUUGUAACUUAUGAGUAACACAAUGUUACAGAUAAUCUGUUAAUCUGUUAAUCCACCUGAUUCAUUUAUCACCUUAAAUUCAAAAUUACAUGAAGAGUUUUCACUUUUGAAUCAAUCAAAAAACAAAAAAUUGAUUGUGAUCAAGGAAACGCGAGAAAAAAAA